ACUAAUCAAAUUCCGCCGCCGCUAGCCCUCACUCUCGCCUCUCUCUUCUCUUCUCACUUCUGUCUUUCUUUUCCAGAAGAACCCGAAACAGAGGUGCCCGCCCACUCUGUAAGAGAACGCCACCUUUCUUUCUCAUUCUCCUCAUUCUCUUGCCUUUCUUCCUCUCGUUCUCUCUCUUCUCACCGGCUUCUUUGAGACGAGAAGCAAGAAGAGGAAACACUAAACCCCACAAAUCAGAACCCUUCUUCUCGCCUUCUCUCGAUCUGCCCUCUCUCCUUCGUCGGCGGCCACAAAAUCCCGACCCAUCUACGUCAAAUCUACCGGAGCGCGUCGAUCUUGGUAUGAUCAACAUGCAGGCUUCUUUUCUCUUGAUUCGUAUGUUUUUUAUUUUUGAUUCUGAUAAUUUUUUAUUGUGGGUGCCUGGAUUUGGACGAGUGGAGAAAGAAAAGGGGGAGGGGGCAAAAAUCAUUGGCAAUGAGAUUAUUCCGUCGAUAAUGGUGAUUUCUAGGUGUUGUUUUUUAUUUGCAUGUCGAGUUUUCUUGAUAUUUGGAGGGUUUUCUGUUCUAUUCUGAUUUUUUUUAUAUUGUAUUUUGAUUUUUUUGUUUGGAUUCAACGAGGGGAGAAUAAGGGAGACUUGGGCGGCUAGGGUCUUCGCCGACAAGCCUUUGCCGGCGGUAGUGUGCCAACGGCGACAGGUGGGGUUUUGAUUUCUGAGAUUUUUACUGUUGAUUUAAUAUUCACCCAAUUGAUUCUGACUUCUAUUAUUGUAUUGAUGCAGGUAAAAAAGACAGAUCUAGGUAGGUUUACUAAGACUCUUGAGAAAUUUUUAACUAAAAAAAAAAUUGGCUAUAGACUCAAUGAUUUGCAAACCUAAAUGCUAAAAACAAUGGUUGUGUAUGUGUUCUGGAAUUUUGGUGUUUGGUGGAUUCGGUCUAUGGUUUGGAUCUAAUUCCAGAUGUGCUAGAAGUUGCUAAAAACUUGUUUUUCGGUAGUUGAAGUAUAGUUAACAUGUUGUAAAUUGGUAUUUUGGCGAUUGGAAUCAUUGCUAUUGUUAGUGAUUUUGCUAGAGCAUGGACUAAAUCACUGCUACUGCUUGAUUAUAUUAAAUUUUGGACUCUAAAUCACUGCUACUGCUUGUGAUUUAUUUAGAUUAUGAUUUUUGAUUGGUAAACCGGUAAGGGUUUGUGAAUCAAAAAUUCGAGUGUGAUAUGGUUGAUUAGUUUUGGAUUUAAUUUGUUUAUGUAUGAUGAUCUAGUGUUUAUCAAUUAUAUGCUGAAAGGGAAUUUGAAAGCAUGGCAGAAAAUUAAAGUAGAUUAUCAAUUGAUGAGAAAAGUAGGUAAAUGCUCAAUUGAAAGAAACUUGGUGUUGAAAUUAGUACGAGCAAAUUCUAUUGUAAGUAAAUAGAUUGCUUGAAUAUAAAGGGGUUUGUAAAGUACAACAUUUGAAUAUAAAUGGGCAAGUAGAUAGACGAUUAUGACUGUACAAUGAUUGAGCAUGAAUUUGACGAAAACAAAAAUGAGAUAAGAUCUAUUAAAGGGAUGAAAGAGUAAGAGCACCAAUCUGGUUGGAGUUUCUUGGCAUAAGAAAGGCUUUCUUCUGCUUAAUGUCACAAAUUUAUGCGUUAAUCUCGUGUAAAAGAUUUACACGGAUGUUAAGAAAAACAAGCUAAAACUAUUUCUGUGUAUUUCUAUAAUGCAGUUUUUUUCUUUUCCCCAAAUCGCCCCCCCCCCCCCCCCAAAAUGAGAGCUGACGAGUCUCUUAAAUAACAAAAACAACACCAUGUGUUGCUACCUGAUUUUAGCAUUUCUUUAUUCCGACUUUGAAAGGUGUGCCUGGUCGGCUGGAUAGGAUAUGGUCAGACCGAAUUGGUCAAGUUUGGUUUAUGUUUGGAUUUUCUUGGACCAGAGUAUGGGCCGAAUUGGACUUGCUCUUUGGGUUUAAUCAGAUCUGAGCUCUAGUUUGAGAACUGACUGGUUUUUCUUUUCUUUUGCAGGUUGGUUUCGCUUUGGGCCCAAAAGAAAGAGCAAAAAGGCCUAGUCUUGAUCUGAUUGGUGCCCCAAAUUUUGUAGAGUUAGCAUUAGUCAUUGUAAUUAAUUCUAAUUCUAAUUCUUGCUUUAUUUAAAGGUCAUUACCCAAGUUGUACGAAAGUUGUACGUAUCAACUUUGAAUCUUUGAUAAUAAAGCUCAUUCCACUAUUCAAUUUGUCCCAUUUCAAACACCGAAUCCAAAUCCAAACUCGAGCAACAAAAUUUGCACCAUAGUCAUUUCUUCCAUCCAAUUGAGAAUUUAUAUUUAAGAUUUGCCACAGCUAAUCUUAAUUUAAACGGAUCCUUAACUAAUUAUGCCAUAGAAUCGACUAGGAGCAAAUUUGAUAAUUGCUGGUUCAUAUUGACUUGCAACUGCUAGUCUCAACAAAACUAUCUUCGGUUUCCUUUUUAAAUAUAAUCGUAGUACGACGUUACAAUAAUUAUUUUCAAUAAAACGAUUAUGCCGGACAAAAUGUGGUGUCUACAGUUGGUGCUGCACGUGAUUCAAGAGGUCGACCACAUGGAAGUUAUGAGUCCUUGUUAUCAUUAUUUAUGACUGAUUCUGUUGGUUUGAAACGUAAUUUUUACGAGCAAAAGAACCACCCACAUCGACAUACAUAAGCAAAAAAGACGCAGGACCUAAUCCUAUAUAAGGUCAACCACUACAUUUUAAAGGUCGACCGUGAUAAGUCAUCAGGGUGCCCACAUUAGUGUAUUCGGGAACCUCACAAAACUGAAACGACAUAUUAGGUCGACCUAAUCCUAUAUAAGGCCGACCUAAAAGUGUAUAUUAGGUCGACCUAAUUCUAUAUGAGGUCGAUCUAAAAAUGCAAGCUAUGGUGACAUGCAUGUCACCAUAGGCAUACCCUAACAGUCUGUUUGGUACCAAAUGAAUCGAGAAUUCAUUUCAUAGUAAAAUGAAUUACCGUAUAAAAUUCGUUGUCAAAUGAAAUCCUGUGUUUGGUAUGUCAUAUUCAAAUCUUUAAAAAUAAAAUGAAUGUAAAAUUCAUUCUCAAAUGAAUUACUUUGUUUGGUAUGUCAUAUAUAUAAGUAAUUUAGUUAAUAAAAGAGGAUAAUUAUAUCAUAUUAUUAUAAAUAUAAAUUAUUGUGGAAUUCGUUUGGAAAUUCCAUCUCAAUUCCUCGGAAUUGCUAUAACUAGUUCCAAUUUUAGAAUUGAAAAUGAACUCUUUUAAAUAUCAAACACAAAAAUAUUUCAUUUCAAAAUAAAUUUCUUAAAAUUUAUGGAAUUCAUUUAUACUAAACGGUAUGUAAGGUAUCUAAUAAUUAAGUAUCAAUUUUUUUUUAACUCAAAGCCAUUGCGAUUAUGAAAACAUAGAUAAUCUCAUUCCAACCAAUUUUUGGUUUUGGUUUUGGUUCUUUUAAGAAAUCAGAUCAGCAAUACAGUGGCGUGUUUUCUUGGCAGAGUUACAAACUAGAAACGGUGUCGUUUCAGCCCUCUCGCGACAAAUAAAAUGAUGAACCCUAGUUCGAGGAAGGUUUCUUCUCGUUCAGUUGCCCACUGCGCUCACUUCUUCCCUCAACAUCUCUGCAGCAGCAGCCGAAGAACCCUAAUCGCCACCGUUCUCGCGUCAUGGCCGUCGGGAAGAACAAGCGGAUCUCCAAGGGUAAGAAGGGAGGCAAGAAGAAGGCAACCGACCCCUUCGCCAAAAAGGAUUGGUAUGAUAUCAAGUCACCUUCCAUUUUCGAAGUCAGGAACAUUGGCAAGACCCUCGUCAGCAGAACCCAGGGGACUAAGAUUGCCUCUGAAGGGCUGAAACAUAGAGUUUUCGAAGUAUCUCUUGCUGACCUUCAGAAAGAUGAGGAUAACGCCUACAGAAAGAUCCGCCUUAGGGCAGAGGAUGUGCAAGGAAAGAACGUCCUCACCAAUUUCUGGGGAAUGGACUUCACAACAGACAAGCUCCGUUCUCUUGUCCGCAAGUGGCAGACGUUGAUCGAGGCCCAUGUUGAUGUGAAGACAACUGAUAACUAUACCUUAAGGAUGUUUUGCAUUGCCUUCACAAAGAGGCGUCCCAAUCAGGUCAAGAGGACUUGCUAUGCCCAAUCAAGUCAGAUCCGACAGAUUCGCAGGAAGAUGAGGGAGAUCAUGAUCAACCAAGCACAGUCUUGUGAUUUGAAGGAUCUAGUGAAGAAGUUCAUCCCUGAAAGCAUCGGGAAAGAGAUUGAGAAGGCCACUGUCGGGAUCUACCCUCUCCAGAAUGUUUUCAUCCGAAAGGUCAAGAUCCUCAAGGCUCCCAAAUUUGAUCUUGGGAAGUUGAUGGAGGUCCAUGGUGAUUACUCGAAUGAGGAUGUUGGUGUGAAGGUGGAGAGGCCGGCUGAUGAGCCAAUGGCGGAAGCAGCACCUGAGACCGAAGUUGUAGCUUGAUAAACUCAGGAGACACUGUUGGUUUCCCGAUUGUGACAGUCGUUUGAACUGGCUUUACAGUAGAGUAUUUGAAAGAAGUUUUGCUGGGAUUUAGUUAUUUUGGAAACAAAUGUGAACUGUAGAGGUCUAUUAUCUAUCGGGGUAAUAUGUGAGAGAUCCAUCCUCGGAAGACUAAUCAUCGACUUCAGCUUCUCCAGUUUUGCAUUAAACAUAGCCAGUUGAUUUACGGUGAUGUUCAAUCUUAUUUUAGUCAAACCUUAUGGUUUCCCAUUAUAUUCGUUAGAAAGAUUAAAUGUAAUGGGUUGAG